AUGUCGACCCGCAGCUUCUUCGUGGGAGGAAACUGGAAGAUGAACGGAAACAAGGAAACUCUGAGCGAGAUGAUGGAGAAUCUGAACAGCGCUGAUCUGCAGGAGCUCACCGAGGUGGUGUGUGCGGCGCCCUCCGUCUACCUGGACUUCGUCCGCUCGCGUCUGGAUCGCAGGAUCGGCGUCGCGGCGCAGAACUGCUACAAAGUGUCGAAGGGGGCGUUCACCGGCGAGAUCAGCCCGGACAUGAUCAAGGACUGUGGGGCGGACUGGGUCGUCCUGGGACACUCGGAGCGCCGCCACGUGUUCGGGGAGAGUGACGAGCUGAUUGGACAGAAGGUGGCUCACGCGCUGGCGAGCGGCCUGCGGGUCAUCGCCUGCGUGGGGGAGGAGCUGGAGCAGCGAGAGGCCGGGACCACCGAGGAGGUCGUGUACGCUCAGACGCAGGUGAUCGCAGAGAAUGUGAGCGACUGGGAGAAAGUGGUGCUGGCGUACGAGCCCGUGUGGGCGAUCGGCACCGGGCGCACGGCGACUCCUGAGCAGGCUCAGGAGGUCCAUGAGAAGCUGAGGGCGUGGCUUAGAGCCAACGUCUCUGACGACGUGGCCGACUCGCUUCGCAUCAUCUACGGAGGCUCGGUGACGGGAGAGAACUGCCGAGAGCUGGCGUCUCAGGGCGACGUGGACGGGUUCCUGGUGGGCGGAGCCUCUCUGAAACCAGAGUUUGUCGACAUCAUCAACGCACGUGUGUAA